AUGGCGGAGCAAAGGCCCGCCGCUGCAGCUCAGGCAUCAGACGACGGCGCUUCCGCCUCUCCGCCCCCAACCCUGCCCCUGUCCCUCGUCCAGCCCUCCAAGAAGAAGAAACGCAAAUCCGCCAAAGUUUUCCGCGUCAUCGGAUCCGUUUUCCGCUCCUUCCCCAUCAUUACCCCGGUCUGCAAGCUGCCAUCCCUCCCCGGAAGCGGUGGCCCCUUCUCAGAGAGCCGACGAGGCCCCUCCCGCGAGAUCAUCACCGGCACCCUCUUCGGCUACCGCAAGGGCCGGGUGAGCCUCUCCAUCCAAGAGAACCCCCAGACCCUACCGACGUUGGUGCUGGAGUUGGGCAUGCAAACCAACGUGUUGCAGAAGGAGAUCGGCUCCGGCAUGGUGAGGAUCGCUCUGGAAUGCGAGAAGCGGCCGGAGAAGGACAAGAUGAAGCUGGCCGACGAGCCCUUGUGGACGAUGUUCUACAACAGCAAGAACGUCGGCUAUGGCGUGAAGAGAGAGGCUUCGGAGGAGGACUUGCGGAUUAUGGAGCUUCUCAAGGCCACCUCCACCGGAGCCGGUGUGGUUCCGGGAAAGAUUGACGUGGAGGGGCCGGACGGCGAGAUGGCGUACAUGCGAGCCCGGUUCGAGAAGAUGGUGGGGUCCAAAGACUCCGAGACUCUGUACAUGAUGAGCCCUGAAGGGAACAAUGGGCCAGAGCUAAGCAUUUUCUUUGUAAGGAUUUGA